AUAGCAUCAUACUCGACAGUCUCGAUAUACAUGGGCUGAUCCAAACAUAAAUCAACAACAAGUUGCAAGGUGAUCAAUAGCCCACUAAUAGUCCACUGAAUAUCCAUCCUGCCAACAUCGCAUCUGGUGCCUGCCGAGCUCGACCGUCCAAACAUGCCAAAAUGCCCCAAGACGAUCGCAGCAUCCAAGCAAGACACCCCAGAGUCCACACCUUCCUCUACCAACUCGCCCUCGCCAUCAUAACCUUCUACAGCGCCAUCGCAAUCUCACAUUACGGCCCCACGACCCCCGCAUCAGCAGCCGCACCCAGAGCGACUACCCCAUCCAGCCCACCAAAUCCGCCAACACCGUAUGUCUGCAAGACCGACGAUGUCGACGCAAUACUAACCGCAAUAACACCCCCCAUGCUCCUCUGCCCCAGCACCACCCUCUUCCUCCUCUCCCUCUUAACCUUCAUCCUCGGCAUCCUCAAGUUCAACGCCCUGCACACGCAGGACAUCGACCUCGUCGACGGUUACGCGUACUUCGUCUUCGUGGGCGUCAUCUCCCUCGACUGGGACGAUGUCUGGGUGAGCAUCCGGGCCACGAUGCCGAUGGUGAUCUGGAGCGCUACGGUGGUUAUCCCGGUUGCGCAUUGGGUGCUGAGGACGGUGGUGCCGGGCCCGUAUGGGAGGUAUAGGGAGGCGGUGAGGGUGAGGAGGGAGGCGGUGGGGAAGGCGUUGCGUUGGGGUGGUGUUGAGUCUGGGGGAGAAACUGUGGGGGGAGGAUGGAUGAGGAGACGCCGUUGA